AUGGCCGGCUUGAUGAGUGUCACAGCUUUCUUAAGUAUGUGGAUCAGUAAUUCGGCCGCUACAAGUAUCAUGAUACCGGCAGCAGUUGCUAUUAUUGAUGAAGUUGAAAAUUAUCACAAACAAAUGCAACAGCAACAGCAAGCAUUGGAUACUGAACGGGGAUCGAAAGAUAUCGCAACAGUAGAUACAACGGGUGACGAAUCAUCUUCAUUUCAAUUAUCAUUCGAAUAA